ACCCCCCGCCCCGCCCCCCUCCUUCUCUCGCUGUGCUGGCGAACGGAGGCGGCGUUGGAACAUCGCGGCCUCGUCGAGACCUCCCUCCCACCGGCCCCAUCACCAUGGUCAUGGAAACCCCUCAUCCCCUGCACGUGGGGAGAGAGUUUGUGAGGCAGUAUUACACUCUGCUGCACCAGGCUCCUGACUUCCUGCACCGGUUCUAUGGCAAGGACUCCACCUUCGUCCACGGGGGAGUCGACGCAAACGGAAAACCUUCAGAUCCUGUGGUGGGACAAACGGAGAUCCACGCCAAGAUCGUGUCUCUAGCGUUCCGCGACUGCCGCACCAAGAUCCGUGCGGUCGACUCGCAGGCGACGAUGGGCGGUGCCGUCGUGGUGCAGGUGCUGGGGGAGCUCAGCAACGCCGGCGGCGCCAUGCGCAGAUUCCUCCAGACCUUCAUCCUCGCGCCCGAGGGCUCUGUUCAGAACAAGUUCUUUGUUCAGAACGAUAUCUUCCGCUACCAGGACGAGGUCUUCACGGACAGCGACCACAGUGAAGACCUGGAGGAAGAAGAGGAGGAGGAGGAAGGGGAGGGAGACUCUGAAGUGGAGAACGGCUCUCCUCUCUACGAGACUCACUCACCCGGCAACGCGCCUUCCGAUAUGACACAACCUAUCUCAAACAACACCCAACAUCAUUAUCAGCAACAGCAGCAGCAGCAACAUCAGCAGCAGCAGCAACUUCAUCAGUUGCCAAAGGAUGAGAUGCGGGGAGACGCGGCCGGUAGAGGAGGUGUUGCUGAUGAGGUGGUGGAGGCGGAGGUGGAGGAAGAGGAAGAGGUGGAGGAGGAGGUGUCACCAACGACUAUUGAGACCCACACUGCAUCAUCAACAUCAGCAGCAGCAGCAGCAACAUCAUCAGCAGCGGCAGUGGUAGCAGCGGCAGCAGCAGUUGCAUCGGCAACAGCAGCAACAGCAUCGGCAGCGACAGCAGCUGUGGAACCUGCACCAGCAAAGCCAUUCUCGUGGGCAUCCGUGACCAGCAAAAACCUCUCCCAGGGAGGGGGGCUACCCGCCCAGACAGCCAACACCUUCGUACAUCACAAGGUGGUGCCAACACAGGCCAACGUGGAGCCCAAACCCGAGCCCCCUCGUGGCACCCGAGGGGAGGGGCGGCCUGGGGGUCCCCCCCUCCAAUCACGGCCCCCACCCCGGCAGGUGAGAGGCGGUGAUACGGAUCCAUCCGUGGAUGGGGAAGCGCGACGUUUCCCUCGCUACGCAGACUCGCAGCAGCUGUUUGUGGGCAACCUCCCCUACAGCAUGGAGGAGACUUCCCUUCGAGACUUCUUCUCCUCGUAUGGGACGGUGCUGAGCGUGCGCAUCAACACCCAGGGCGCCUCGGCAGUGACAGGGAGGAAGCUGCCCAACUACGGCUUCGUGAUCUUCAGCGACGCAGACUCCGUGCAGAAGAUCCUCGCGGCCAAGCCCAUCAUGUACCAGGGAGACCACCGCCUCAACGUGGAGGAGAAGAAGCGGCGCGGAUUCCGGGAGGGUGGAGGUGCAGGAGGAGGUGGGGGCCGUGGAGGAGGGGGGAGGGGCUAUGGAGGAUCCCGGCCCUCGACGGCCCCCAGGGUUGGUGGGGGGGGGCUGUCAACCCCCCACCCGGCUGAGUGAAGAAACAAACAUGGAGAGGGUGGGUGAGAGGGUUGGGUGGGUUAGUUGACUCGCUAACCCACCCACUCAAUCACCCACCCACUCGCCCACUCACCCACCCACUCAUCCACCCACUCACUCACCCACUCACCGACUCACUAACUCACCCACUCAAUCACUCACCCACCCACUCAUUUACUCAUCCACCCACUCACCCACUCAAUCACUCACCCACCCAUUCACUUGCCCACUCACCCACCCACUCACCCACCCACUCACUCACUUGUUCACUCACUCACACACGCACUUGCUCACCCACCCACCAACUCACCCAUUGAACUCGCCCACCAACUCCUCACCCACUCAUGCGCACACUCAACAAAGACAAAGAUCCCCCCCCCUCCCCUCUGUACAGCACUUGCCCCCACAGUCUGUUAAGGCUAUACUGGGUGUGGGGGGAACUUUGUCUUUGGUGAGAGAGAGAGGGAGGGGGUAGAGAGGAGGGGGGGUGUUACUGUGUGGCCCUGACAAAGACAAAGAUCCCCCACGUAGCCUGAAACAGACUGUAGGGGCAGGUGCUGUUAGUAGCGAGUGGCAGCAGCGCCUAUGAAAGCUACCGGCACUGUUGGCACACGAGGUGGUGGGUGGCCAGCACCACGCCCACCCGUACUCAUUUGAGGCCGAGUCGACCUAGGGGAGGCCCAGGACCUGUUCAGACAUUCGUCUCGCCGCUGGCGUGUUGGUGGACGUGAGCAGGAAUCGAACUCGGGUCGAAGCCGUCAGCGCAGCCGCUAACCGCUGGCCCUGAGCACACAGGGUUUUCAGCAACAACCACCAGUUAGCAUCAUCGUCAUCCAUGGUGAAUGCCGAUCGGAUGCGGGAAAAACAAUCUGGGAGUUGAAAUUCCAAUUUAAUCGAGAGAGAUGAUGAUUUUUAUUAUAUUGCGGUAAAGACAUUUAUAUUUUGGCGGAGGUUCCCUGUAUGCGCACGAAACGUUUGAACGGAGAAAUUUCAAUGUAAACCCUUUCCCGUACCAAUAAUGUUCGUACAGAUCAGCGCGGUUGGCUUCGUGCGGUGCGAAAGAAGUUCAACAUCCAUACACAGAGGCCCACAGACCCAUAGAAACCCACAUAGGUCCACAGAUUAGCACGGUUGGCUACAUGCGGUGCUAAAGAAGUUCAACAUCCAUACACAGAAACCCACAGACCCAUAGAGAUCCACGUAGAUCCACAGAUUAGCACAGUUGGUUACGUACGUUGCGAACAAAGUUCAACACACGGCUGACGUUAAAAAAAUCCCUGUGACCUUGCUUCACAAGAGGAAUCGGCCAUCAUGCCCCGGCCAGAGUCGGGGCCGUCCAAACGUUGAUAUUUGGCAAGUGUGAUUACACUGCAAAUUACCAUCGCAUGGUUCUGGAAAAACAACAUGGCAGCAGGGAUCAUCACCCAUAACUGUACUGGCAGCAGACGAACGCACAUGGGCAGCUGCUACUGGGGUGCCCCCGAGGCUCGACUCAGCAGCGAUCAUCGCCCCCUACUGACUAACGCACCGAGGCAGCUGCCACUGGGGGUUCCCCCUAUGCUAGACGACACAACAUAGAACGGCUCCGUUAGACGGCGCAAGUUCUCACUUCUGCGUUUUUUCCCCAUCGGGUUGUGCCUUCUUCACACGAGCUCGUUCCAUUGAACGCUGUCGUAUUUUCCGGUGGUCUUUUUUGUUGUUGGACGAUAUAAUAAUUAUAUAUUUUUUCUUUUCAAAUUCUCUAACCCCCUUGAUUUGACGGUGUUUCUGUGUCGACUUUAAACUAAAACAACAACGAAAAAUAAUAGUACGCGCUUUUUUGUCUUUGAGCCAAAAAAUAAAGAUGAGCACGUU